AUGACCGUAGGUGCCGACGAGAGGGAGCGAGGCGUCACCAUCGACGUCUCCGCCGCCUUCCUCCGCACCCGCCGCCUCGCCCUCAAUGUGCUCGACGCGCCGGGCCACCGCGAUUUUGUGCCAAACAUGGUCGGCGGCGCGGCGCAGGCGGACGCGGCGCUCCUCGUGCUCAACUCGUCGGCCGGCGAGCUCGAAUCGGGCUUGGCGGGGCAGACGGGCGAGCACGUCUGGCUCUGCCGCGCGCUGGGCGUGGCGCAGCUCUGCGUCGUGGCAGUCAACCUCGGAACUGCGCGGGAGCGGUUCGAGGAGGUGCAGGCGCGGGCGGGCGAGAUGGCGCGCGGCGCUCGGCUGCUGCUGCUGCCGGCGGCCGAGCAGGCCGCCGCCAAGACGCUCCGCCCGCGCCUCUUGCUUAGUGCGCCGCUCGCGAGGCUGGUCGAGGUGCAGCUGCGGGUGCUGCCGUGCGGCGCCGCCCUCAGCCGCGGCAUGCCGCGGGUCAACGGGCCGCGCCCGCGCGUACUCCUCCCCGGGGGGGCGGCGGUGGUGCAGCUGCAGCUCUCGCGCGCCGUCUGCGUCGAGCUGUACGCGGCGUGCAGGCCCAUGGGGCGGGUCGUGCUGCGCGAGGGCGGAAAGACGCUGGCGGCCGGGACGAUCACCGCUGUCCUGGCGUGA